AUGUUAUAUGAUAUGAAGAACGCAAUAAAUAGAUUGAAGAGUUCAUUUUCUCAAUCUGAAACCUCGUCACUCUCAUCUAAUAGUUCACUUUCCAAAACUAAUAAAGAUGAAGAUAAAAUAGAUAGUAGUUGGAUGAAUGAUGAUGAAAUGUUAUGUCUACCGUCAGUCAAAUUAAAUGGUUAUUCACCCAGUACGAAAAAAAGACUGUUAACUCCAGAUAUGUGCGAUGAAUUAAGAACUUUGAUGCCCAGUAGAAUACAACUUUAUACUGAGUGGAACUUACUUUAUAGUCUAGAGCAACAUGGUGCAUCAUUACAUUCAUUAUAUGAUAACGUUAAACCUGAAAGUAAAACUCCUAUGAGAGUAGGAUACAUAAUAGUAGUAAAAGAUAAACUAAAUGGGAUUUUUGGUGCCUACUCUAAUGAAUAUUUUCAUCCAACUGAUGCAAGACGAUAUUAUGGGAAUGGUGAAUGUUUUCUUUGGAGAAUGGAUAAAGUACCAUCCCCGACUUUUAAUAGCAAAAAUAAUGAUGAUUUAAAAAGUACUACAAACAAUAAUUAUGAGACUAAUAAUAAUAAUAAUAAUAAUAAUAAUAAUAAUAAUAAUAAUAAUAAUAAUAAUAAUAAUAAUAAUAAUGAUGAUGAUGAUGAUGAUGAUGUUGAGGAACUUGAAAGAGAAUGUAAAUGGCAUUUUAGAGGAUAUCCAGUUACUGGAUUGAAUGAGUUUGCUAUAUAUUGUACAUCCACAUUUUUAUCAAUGGGUGCAGGUGAUGGACAUUACGGAUUCUGGUUAGAUGAUCGAUUGUUAAAUGGUGUAUCCGAUCCGUCGUUAACAUAUGGCAAUGACGUACUGAGUAAAGAGGGAAACAAAUUCCAUAUUUUUGGGGUGGAGGUCUGGAGAGUUGGUUGA